CCUGAGCGGAGACAGGAGCGAUAGCGGAGUUCUCUUCGCCUUCUCCCUCCUUAUUACAACUCAUGGCCGGCGGCGAGCAGAACGGGAGAGAAGGCCGCCUGGAGAGGCCGCUGUCUCCUUCUCACGAGCCGCCGCAGCCCCUCGCUCAGGCGUUCCCCGAGGAGCAGCCCCAGCCCGGCCCGCCUCACCGCGAGGAUGAGCCGGAGGCAGACCGCGAAGAGGAAGAGUCAGAGCGCUCAGAGGUUCAGCCCAGGGCUCCCCAGCUGUUCGGGGAGGGGUGUGUGCUUGAUCAGUUGAAGGGGGUGUUGGAUGGAGACACCACCGCUGAGGGACUCCACACCUUGGGCUACUCAGCCCCUGGCACUGAAUAUGUUUAUCUUCAUCUGUCGCUCCCAGGUCGCGGGUUGAGUGACAUCAGCAUCCUCUCUGGAUACAUUCACCUGCAGAAAAUGGACCUUUCCUCCAAUAAAAUUAAUGAUCUUUCCUGCAUCAGUCACAUGCCUUAUUUAACAGAGUUGAAUGCUUCCAAAAACGAACUGACCACGUAUUUCAAUUUUAAAGCACCUAAAAGCCUCAAGGAAGUAGAUUUUUCACACAAUCAAAUCCCAAAAAUGCACGAUUUGUCAGCGUACCACUCGCUUACCAAACUCCUGCUGGAUUUUAACGAGAUCGAGGAGAUCACAGGGCUGGAGAAAUGUCACAGCCUGACCCAGCUGAGUUUGUCGCACAACAGACUCACUGCCAUCAGGGGCCUGGAGAAUUUGCCCAUCAGAAUCCUCAACCUGAGCUUUAACCAGAUUGAGAAGGUGAACGGGCUGAAGAGCGUGAAAGCUCUGCGGAAGGUGGAUCUGUCCAGCAAUAAAAUAAACAGUCUGCAAGGCUUGGAGGAGCACAAUCUCCUGGAGGUGAUCAACCUGGAGGAUAACCAGGUGGCUGAGCUGAGUGAGCUUAAAUGGAUUGAAGAUCUGCCUCUCCUCAGGGUACUAAAUCUUCUAAAAAACCCUCUGCAGGAACAAGAAGGUUAUUGGCUCUCGGCGAUUUUCAUGUUGCUCCAAGUCACAGAAUUGGAUCUCAAGAAGGUUUCAGUGGAAGAAAAGGUCGCCGCCGUGAAUAAAGAGGACCCUCCUCCAGAAGUUGUGGCUGCUGAAGAUCACAGGCGUCAGGUUUUCUACAACAGCAAGCAGCCCCAGAGAGUCCUGGACAGCACUUUGCCUGGUGCUGAUGAAUCCUACCCCAUGCUGGUGUUACUGGGCCCUCUGGCCGGUGGGAAGAGGCAACUUUCACUCAAAAUCUGCAGAGAAUUCAAGAAUUUCUUCAGAUUUGGGCCCUGUCACACCACCAGGACAGCUUAUUUUGGGGAAGUGAACAGACUCGAUUAUUAUUUCAUUUCUCAAGGAGAAUUUGACGAAAUGGAGAAAGCAGGCAAAUUUCUGGCAACCUACAAAUACAGCGGCCACCGCUACGGGCUGGGAAGAGACACGGUGGAAUCCAUCGCCAGGGAGGGGCUGGCUGCCUGCAUCCACCUGGAAAUCGAGGGUGUUCAUAGCUUGAAAAAUACCCACUUUAAACCCAGGUAUGUCCUGUUGGUACCAAAGGACAAAGGGAAAUACGAGGAACACCUCAGGAGGACGGGAUUGUUCAGCAGGCCAGAGAUUGAAGAGGCCGUGUCCAGAGUGGACAUGUACCUCCAAAUAAACCAGGAUUCCCCGGGAUACUUAGAUGCAGUCAUCAACACCGAUGAGCUGGAUGAGGCAUUCACAGAGCUGGCUCUCCUUGUGAAGACCUACCUGGGCUUGGAGCAACCUGAAUCUCCGGACAACAUUCAGGGCACCAAGAGCAGGGCAGCCUGUGAGACCUGAAGCCUCCACGAGCUGCUCUGCAAAGGCUCCCCCAGGCUGAUUCCUCCAGGAGGAUGGUUUUGGGCUCUGAAUGGAGUUUCCCGACUCCUCUGAGGAUGGUUUUGGGCUCUGGAUCGAGUUUUCUGAUUCCUCUGAGGAUCGUUUUGGGCUCUGGAUGGGGUUUCCUGACUCCUCUGAGGAAGGUUUUGGGCUCUGGAUGGAGUUUCCUGACUCCUCUGAAGAUGGUUUUGGGCUCUGGAUGGAGUUUCCUGACUCCUCUGAGGAUGGUUUUGGGCUCUGGUUGGAGUUUCCUGACUCCUCUGAGGAAGGUUUUGGGCUCUGGAUCGAGUUUCCUGAUUCUUCUGAUGGUUUUGGGCUCUGGAUGGAGUUUCCUGACUCCUCUGAGGAUGGUUUUGGGCUCUGGAUGGAAUCUUCUGACUCCUCCGAGGAUGGUUUUGGACUCUGGAUGGAGUUUCUUGACUUUUUUGGGCUCUGGAUGGAGUUUCCUGACUCUUGGGCUCUGGAUGGAGUUUCCUGACUCCUCUGAGGAUGGUUUUGGACUCUGGGUCUCCCAUUCCAGAUAAAUCCCAAGUGAGGGGUGCUCAUGGCUGAACUUUGUGCCUCCCAAAUUUGAGCAACAAGAAACUGGGAGGGCACCAGGACCUCGCUUUACUCUUUUCCCCAGGAUGGCACAAAGAGCAGGAAAAUCAGGAUAAUGACACGGGAAGACAACUCAAAAAUCCUCUCCAAGUGCUUUUGGGGUGACCCACUGAUCCCAAAUGAUCUGUGGUGUGUUUCAAAGAUGUUUUUUAACCUCUGAACGGCCGAGGCUGGAGCCUCACGGCCACGUCCAACUAAUCCAAGUGCUUGCUUUCAUUCCUGCUUGUGCAGCUUGGGUCAGGGAAUGGUUCCACGCAAAACUUCAUGGAAUUUCUGAGUGGGAGGGGACCCACAAGGAUCAUCCAGGCACAGACAGCCUGUGCAUCCCUGUCCAAACGCUCCUGGAGCAGCCUUGGGAAUGUGCCCAUUCCCUGGGGAGUCUUUUCAGUGCCCACCACCCUCUGGGGGAAAAACUUUUCCUAAAAAAUCCAACCUAAACCGGGCAGAGCUCCAGUUGUUUCCUGUCCCUGCCACAGGGAGCAGAGGUUGGAGAGACUCCGAGGAGUCUCAUCCUCUCCAGGCCGAACAAACCGAGCGCCCUCAGAUCCUCCUCAUGUGAAUUCCUAGAUUAACACAGGAAAAACAAACCCCAAAACACCCCCAAACUUUCAGACAGAUCAAUUCCUGGAUCCUGCAGCCACAGAGUUGGCUCCAGCAGGGAGAGGGAGGGAGAAGAACUUUACUGGAAUAAAAAAUAAUUUUUAAAAAAACCCUAACAAAAAGACGUCAUGGUAAAAAGAGGAAGUGUAAGAUUAAUUAAAAAGAAGCUCCUUUUUAGGAACUUUUCCCUCUGACUCCAGGAGUUCCCAUGGUUUAUGGAUUUGGUUCCAUUUUACGUCCGUUGGAACAGGGUGGAGAAUCAGUUCCCUCAGGAGCACAGAGCCAAUAUCCACAGCCCGCGUGGCUCGGGAGGGCUGCAAAUAAAAGCAGCUGAAAAAAGGGCAAAAUGUCUGAAAACUUUAAUAAAGGACGGUGCAAUAUUCAUCACUUCAUCGUUUCAUGUAAAUUUGGAUCCUGGAAGAAUUAAUAAUAUUAAUUUCCCAGUGGGCACAGGAAAAGCUUCUGCACACAUUGUGGCUUCUCAGAGCUACAGCAGUGAGGAUUUGGCUGAAAAAAUCUUAUUUAGCCUUAAAUUAAGUAGAUUUUAUUUUAAUUUCCAGCACUUCCAGGCCCAUCUGAAAUGAAAAAGGUGAUUUCCUUGCCUUAUUUGCUACAAUAUUGUAUUUUCUUGCCUUAAAAACUCUGGGGACAUUUUGUCUCAAAGGCAACAAACCCCACCAACCCUAGGGAGAUUAUUAGGAAAAGAAGAAAAAAGGGUGAGGAUUAAAAAGGAAAGAUUUUUAUAUAAUCCUGGUAUUUUUGGAGAUAGAUUGAAGUAUCUGAAGCACCUUUAAAGGCCUUUGUACUCCUCAGCAGCUCUUUCAGAGAGUGACUUGUCACUACAGAAACUUCUUUAACACUGCAAGAUUUGGGCAAUUCUGCUGCUCAUAAAGCAACUUUUAAAUUUACUACACACCAUUAAAUUCACUUAGAGCCCCAUUUAUAGGUGUUUAAAUAAGUUUAACUCUCCUCUUUCUAGAGAUCCUCUCUUCUCAUGGACUGUGGGAAAUAAUUUAUUUUCCAAACCUUGCCCCAAGGUUGUCUUUAAAAUGAGAGGUUUUUAGUGAGAUUGGAGCAGGGGGAGGACUGGUUGUGGGAGAUUAUGAGAGGUUUAUAAUUCUUUUUUUUUGUUUCAAUGAACUGCUGGGCAAGAUCUUUUGCUGGUGUACAGAGUAAAAAUAAAAUCCUGGGAGAAAAGAGAUA